AUGUCUAAGAAUUUAUUGAAGUUUCUUAUCAUCGUCAAAGCAAAGAGGCGCAAUGGAGUGUACAUCGCUUUAGAUAUGGAGCAGGGUAAAUUUAUUAAGCCUGCGUUACGGAAAAGUACUUCCACCUGGCUUUCUAAAGAUCCUGAUCUUCAGAUCGAAGAGGAACACCUUUUCGAAAAAAGCCGCGAUCCUCUAGAAAUUUCACAUCCUUAUGGAGGAGGAUCCAACAUGGAGGAUUUUAAUGGCGAGUGCUUUCACGAACACACUCGUUGCCCGUCUGUUGGUAUUUACAGAUGCAAAAGAAAACACUUGAAUACACUGUAUAACACCGAUCAAAGCGAACAAAGAUGCAAAAUAAUGGAAGACGUACGUCAAAAACCAUUUAGUUUCCGGAUCACUGUGAUCAACGACGAGCUUCCGGCUGUUGCUGAUGAAGGAGAUGUGUUGGUGAGACUUGGUUUAGCAAAACCCUAUCGAGGUUCUUCUUGUCAAUACACAAGAUGGCGAUGUUAUAUCUUAUGA